CGGUGGUGACCUCACGGUGUCCGCAGGGCUGGUAAACCCCGCCUCUGGCCGGGGCUGCAGUGCUUGGGUCCGCUGCAGGAGGCUUUAGCUGUGUAAGCGUCGCGUUCUGUUCUUUUCCGGCCGCCGCUCUGCGCUGUGAGCUGCUGUGAGGUUGCGUCAGCCUUUCUGUGAGGCCUUUUCUCUUUCCGCCUUUGUUGCUGCCAGAGCUCUCGGGCUUCACUAAAGUCGAAGACAGACGGCACCGCGCGCCGCUAGAUUUCAUCCAUCAACGGUAUCGCCCUAAUAUCGCAUGUCCUCUAUCCAGAACCUCCAGUCUUUCGAUCCCUUUGCUGAUGCAACUAAGGGUGACAACUUGCUCCCGGCCGGGACAGAGGAUAAAAUCCACAUAAGGAUUCAGCAACGAAACGGGCGCAAGACGCUUACAACAGUGCAAGGAAUUGCAGAUGAUUACGACAAGAAAAAGCUUGUGAAGGCCUUCAAGAAGAAAUUUGCAUGCAAUGGUACUGUGAUCGAGCACCCUGAGUACGGGGAGGUUAUCCAGCUGCAGGGAGACCAAAGGAAAAACAUUUGUCAGUUUCUUCUUGAGAUAAACAUUGUAAAAGAGGAACAGUUGAAGGUCCACGGCUUUUAAAAUGAUGGACUUGCCAGAGGACCAAGACUACAAAAGUUUUUAGGACACCAGAUUUGAUUAGGGCUCUAAAGUUUUCUGACUGUGUGAUAUGGCUGUCGAGAUAAAUGUUGACUGUAUAAUAAAGUUUUUAUAGGUAUUCCAAGUUUAAAUAUUUUGAUAAGUGUAUGACUGCUUCCAAUCAGGGACUGACUUUGGUGUUGACUGUAACUAACAUGAACAUGCUCAGCUAAAUAUUUCUAUCCAAGACACAAUAAAACCAUAUGACUUUG